UAUCUGUAGAAUUUCAUGAGGAAUUGAAUUACUUUAUUUCUCUUUAUUUAAAUUUUAAUUAAAAAAUGGAUCGGAAUAAGAGUUCCUCGUCGUCGCAGAGGGCACCGAAAAAAGUAUCUUCACAUGCGAGCAGUGAAUUUUUUGCUCUAGGCUCCAAGGGUUAUAGAGAUGAUUCGAAAGCAAAAAUUGUUCCCAUUAGCAAAACGGCCAGUGGAUCAUCGGUAGAACGAAAAAGAGAACCGUCAGGAGCCACAACAUCAAUGUUGGCUGCUAAAAAGGCCAAAUUAUCCACAACUACCAGAGUUCCGGGCGAUGCUGCCAACUCAGCGCCUUCCAGUGAAUUAUGGGAACAAAUGGCAACAGAUUGUGACGCGCUUGAUAUUGUAGAGACCGUGACAGCGGCUGCUGAACAACACGAUACCGAGACAUUAGUAAGAGUCAUAUGUGGCUGCAUUAAAAAUCUUAUAUCGUCAUAUGCCAAAUCCAAACCAGAUACAGUGGCAAUGUUGGGUAUAUUAUAUUUGGCCAAGUUGCAUCCAGAUUAUUUUGCCAACGAUAUUAUUACAUCUGGCUUGCUACAUAUCCUUCGACGGGAUUUCAAUGUAAAAAUGAGACAAACCCCGUACUCGCACAUUUUGGCUUGUAACCUCUUGGCUCGUGCCUAUAGCGACAAGCAACAAUGGCCGGAAAUAUUUAUGCGCAUCUACAUAGACGAUGCUAUAAAUGAUCGCUUUUGGUCUGAUAACAGUUUGUGUGCUCCCUUUAUAGAAAAUAUAGCGGCUGCUUUUAAAACACGAACACCACAGCUCAACUACUUGCAACCCGAAACAGGAGCAGGGACAUCAAGUGGUGCCGGCACACCAACCACCACCACACCCACGCAAUCGACCCAGCAACCUACAGUUCCCAUAAACAUUGAUGAUGAUUCGUGCGACAAUUCAGAGGCAAGCGGUUCAGCCAAACCCUGUGACUUUAAACAGGGCUGCGAGUCAUAUUGUGAGGUAAAAGAUCGGUACAUGGAUUCUGAGCGUAUUGUAGAGAAAUAUGUAACCGAUGCCAUCAAGGAACAACUCAAUAAACGCCAACAACAGGAGUGCUAUACCCGUAACCUUUUAAAAUUCCUCUGUAAAACAUCAGGCCUGGUGGAAGUUCGCCACAUGUGCAUAUCACGUUUAGAACUGUGGAUACACAAUGGCAAAUUGGUGAAAUUUGCUCAAGAACUAUUAUCGUAUGUGUGCUUCAAUGUGAAAGCGAAAUAUUUCAAAGAUCAUGAAGUUCUGGCGGUAUUGGUGAAGAUGCGACUAAAAGCUAAGCCACUGAUAAAUUUCUAUAUGUCGUGUAUUAAGGAGAUGAUAAGAUUAGAGCCGGGCAUUUUAAAUGUCAUUUUGAAAUUAGUGGUUCAAAAUGAAUUGUCAAAUACGAGGAAUCCGAACAACAUGGGAAUGUUGGCUACCAUGUUUCAAGCCGCUCCCGAUGAUUCAGCUAAACACUUGGCUGAAAUCUACAAAGAGUUUCUCUUGCAACGCGAUGAUUGUUUACGCACUUUACGCGUCUUUCUACGCGAGUUAGUGCGCAUGCUACGAAACGACAUCAACUUGGUGGUGUUUUGUAAAGUUUUUCUUAACGGUCGUCCCGAACUGAACAAACAAAUUGAAAGUUCCGAAUUUCGCGAUCGUAUAUUUCAUUCCAUGGUCGAUAUAACAUGUCUAAGCAUGUUAUUGUCAGUAUCACCACAAGUACGAGAAGCCAGCAUUUCGCUGAGAGUAACUAAGGACAAUACAGCCAAUAAUGCUGUUCUAUUGAAAUUCUAUAAUCAAAUGUGUCAAAUACAAUUGGAUUGUGUCUCAUGGAUGUACGAAAUUGUACCGGCGCUCUUUAAACUGCAAGCUGGUGAAUUUUUUCAAGGCCUCCACAAGAUACUUCUGCUGGAGAAUGCCGAACAGUACUCACGUUAUGAUCAAUGGCCUUCCGAACCGGAGAGAACUACUCUGUUGCGUUUAGUGUCGGAAACGCCCAUACAUGAGGACACUUUAUUGCGCAUAAUCCUAAUAGGAAUAACAAAAGAAAUACCUUUCACUAUUCCAGAUACCUUCGAUAUAAUUAUUUCGUUAAUAAAAAGAGCCUCGACCAUGCGCAUUACCAACUGUCCAGUGGUUCAGGCGAAUAAAUUCGACAUUAUUGAUUUUCUCUUCAGCAUGGCCGAAUAUCAUCAUCCAGAAAAUAUUAAUUUGCCCAUCGACUAUGAACCGCCUAAAUUGGCAAUUACGGUAUUAUAUUGGAAGGCUUGGCUGAUAAUGUUAAUGAUUUCAGCCCACAAUCCGUCGACAUUUGGCGCAUUUUGUUGGAAUCAUUAUCCCACCAUGAAAAUGCUUAUGGAAAUGUGCAUAACAAAUCAGUUUAAUGAGACAGCUAUGAGUAAGGAGGAAUUACAGAUUGUGCCCUUAGAACGUGACCAUAUUGUAGAAUUUGAAUCGUAUUUAGCUGCACAAACUUCACAAGCUGUGAUUACGGAAGAAAACGCUAUCCUAACUUCUCAGCUAAUGCUAAUGGAUCCAAUGGGUGUGGCACGUCGAGUACCAAGUGGUGUGCUGGAACAAUUGCGCACCUUGAACAAAUCAUUGAAAAUUGGUCAUUUACUGUGCCGUAGCCGCAAACCAGAUUUAUUGCUGGACAUUAUCCAGAGACAAGGAACUACACAAUCCAUGCCAUGGCUAUCGGAUCUUGUGCAAAACAGUGACGGCGAUUUCAAUCACUUGCCCGUACAAUGUCUAUGCGAGUUUUUGCUCUUCAAUGCCAACAUUAUCAAUGAGGAGAAUAGUCGUGAUGCCGAGUUGGUUAACUUUUUGCGCAACGUCAUCAUGGAUCCCACAUAUAGUAAGCAGACAGUAUGCGAAAUAUUGGACUAUAUAUUUAGACGUUUAUGCUCAACGGUAAAACAGACUCGUUUGUCCGCCUUAAGGGGCCUAAAGAUCAUAUUCAAAUGUUCGGAAUUGAGUCCUAAUGAAUGGCUUUUAAGUGCCAUACCACAAAUACCCCAUUUCAAUGAUGUGCGUAUUUUCCUAAUACCCCAGCUGAGAUCGGCUUGUCAAGUGGAGAACUCGCCGGACUUAGUGAUGGCUUAUAUUCAGUUCAUAGCGGCAAAUACUUUAGAUGAUUCGGUGACUGAUAUGUUGGAUCAUGUGAUUGAUAUGGCCCAAUUGAUUGUUGAGCGCAGCACAAUGUUUCAGCACAUUAUCCCCUUGCCAGAGGGUUCUGUGACUACCAUGGCAAAUGAUGAGUUGGCCAAAUUGGAUGAGGAGAAUCGUUUGCAGACCUUAAAAUGCUUGUUUGUCAUGUUCAACAAUUACAUUAUCAAGCUGGGAGAUCAUCACGAGACAUACCAAUGGACCGAAUAUCCUGAUUUGUUGAUGGUGCAGUUUAAUGAUGGCAUCCAGUUGCCGCUACACUUGAAUAUAAUUCAUGCUUUUAUUAUCCUGCUCACGCAUUCGAGCAAUCAAAUGCCCGAAUCUAUACCCAUUUUGGAUUAUUGGUUUCCAAUAGGUGGCAAUGUGCCCAUAGCCUACAUACCCAAUAUGCCGCAUGAACCAGUGCAAUUACUGCCGGACUGGUUGAAACUGAAAAUGAUACGUUCCUCGGUGGAUAGACUAAUAGAGGCGGCCAUAAGGGAAUUGACUCCAGAUCAAAUAGUGUUGUUUGUGCAAAACUUUGGCACUCCCAUCAAUUCCAUGUCCAAGUUGUUGGCUUUGUUGGAUCAUGCUGUCAUCGAACAAUUCGAUACAGUUAAAAAUGCCAUAUUGAACAAGGCCUAUUUGGCGCAGUUGAUAGAAAUUCAACAGGUGAGAGGAGCCAAAAAUGGCCACUUUACUGUACAGGCCCUGGGUUUGUAUUCGCAUUCUCAGACAGUGGCUGAUAAUCCCAAGAUACGGAAUGAUAUAUUGGAAUGCAUACAGCUGGAUGAAUUAAUACCCAGUCCCCUCAGCUUACCCACUGCAACCCAUUCGUUGUCAACUGCUGUAAGUUCUAAGGAAGCUGAUGAAUUGAUUUAUAAAGUUUUGAAAUGUCCCAAUAGCAAUCAGUUUAAUGAACAGGAUUUUAGAAUUUUACUUCAUCAACUUUUAAAUAAGGAUGCCUCACACUUGCACCAUUGCUUUCUGAAGACUUUAAACCAUGGGAAUAUGGAGAACUUGCUGAUGAAUGUAUUGGAGCCAAAACAAAUUGUUUUGCUAACCAGAUCCAUAAUGAAAUUAAAUCCUCAGGCCAUUAAUGAAAAUUCAAAAUUCUAUAAAUAUUGCCAACUGAAUAAAAACAAGGACAGUGCAAGUGCAAAGACUGUAGUGUACACUAACUGUUUGCAGAAUUUGGCUAGACGUGGCCAACAGCAUAGGACAACACCAAUGCUGCAAAAUAAGCCUUCGCGACUAACUUUGCAACAAAUGUUAAUGCAGUUCAGAAACCGCAUGAAGUCCUCCUUGACCAAUACACCUACUUUGUACAGUGAUGGCAUGCUGGUAGACUUGCUCUCGGACAACGAUCCCGAAUUGUGUUGUGUCUUCAACAAACAGGAUUUACCAUUUUUGUUCUCAAAAUCAUCGGGAGAUUUUCGUUUUUAUUUAUUAUCCUGGAUUUGUCAUGAAACCAAUUGGGACACAAUUAUAUCCACCUUAGAGUAUUUAUUGCAAUGCAAAGAUCAGGAUCUAGACUAUUCAGCCGUCUUAAAUUUUGUACAGGCCCUCAUUAACAAUCCGAAACUGUGGCAGGGCCGAGAUCGAUGCGUUUUGAAAGCAGAUCCUAUGGAAAACUUGUUUUCACUCACCGACAAAGAAUUGAAAAUGUUUACAGAGUUUAUCCUAAGGGAAGGAGAAUCCGAGAUGAAGACCUCAGCCUCGCAAUAUGCGUUUGUGUUGUGCUGCCGCAUAAAUCUUUUGUUUCGUGUGUGCAAAAAGAAUACCUCCAAUCUGAUCAAGUUUAUUGAGUUUGUAUUCGAAUGUGAUUGUUCGCAAAAGUUGCGCUUAAAGGUUUUAAGACAAAUGUAUUUAAUGUAUCCUUCCAUAAAGUUCAUACGCAGCCAUCAAUUGGAAUCCUAUACAGAUAAAUUACAAAAUCUAAAUGGUUGCCAGGCCGACAAAGUUUCCAACAAUUUAAUCACAUGUCUGGGCAAUUUAUUCACUAAAAAAGACUUUGAAACAUUUUCCAGCGAUACUGAACUGUUAAUACGUAAAAUGGCCGCCUCCCACCCGGCUCUUUUUCUAAGACAAAUGGGUGUAUUAUCUUCGCUCAUACAGGGACGUGGCCAAUUGAGUUUGCGCGUCAUAAGGGAUGAAUAUCAUAUGCAUCGUUUCAUACAGAUAUUAAGAACUUUGGAACUAUUGCAGCCUCUUUGCUUCGAUGACAUCUACAAAGAGGAAUUCCAAUCGGCUUUGGAAUGUUAUUUUACAUUUUUCAAACAAUACAGCAACGUCAAGGAAUCAUAUCACAUUUUAAUCAAACUCAUCGAAUUAUUGCAGGCCUACAUAAACUCGAAUCCUUCCACAGCCUUGGUAUUUAUAGAGCAAUAUGUGGAAGUCCUUAUGGACUUGGCAAAUCGUUAUAAUUCUUUGCAGUCGCUGCAUCAAUUGGUACAGGGCAUAACGCUGCUGCAGCAGAAAUCCUCAAGUUCCUCAUUGUCUAAUGUGGAUAUGAAACAAGAUUUUGACUUUGAAGAUACCUCCGCCUCCUCACAGGAUAAUCGCAAUGCCCAACUGUCAACGCCCAUGGAGACUGACUCAUCGGAUUCCUUGUCCAAUUACCAACUAUCUAACUUGGACAUAAACAGUCGAGGAGCCGUUACGUUCGCCAUAUCGGGCACCUUGAAUAAAUCAUCGUCCAUAUCACCACACUUUGCAAAUCUCAUUAAGAUUGUUAAACAUUCUAGUGCGGAGGAUACUAUUCUAGGGCCUCUACAGGAAAUUGAAAGUUUCACUUCGAAACGCUUCAAUUUCUUGAGCGAACUAUUUGAUCGUCUCUUAGAGUUGAUAUUUUCGCCAAGUGCUCAAAUAAGAUCAAAUGCUUUUAUUCUGCUAAUUCGCCACCUAAAACAUAAUCCCGGCAGAUCGGAUGUCAAUCGAUGUGCUCUUAACGCCUACAUACAAUGCCUAAGGGAUGAUAAUCCCUCGGUGGCGGCCACCGCUAUUGAUAAUUUGUCUGAGAUGACGCUGUUGCUGCAGGAACAUGCCACUGAGAUAUUGGCCGUAUCCUUUGCGUUGGGUAUUAAAUCACGCCUAAAUACAAAUUCACAAAUAAAACGAGUAUUGCAAACGAUCAUGCUACAGCAUGGCUAUUAGGACCAUGGAAAUGCAUGCAUAUUGUAGCGCAGAAAGAAUGGAUUUUAUAUACUAAAUGUAAUGAGUACGUUUUUUUUUUUGUUGUAUUGUAUUAUUGUAUAAGCUUAACAAGCAUUAAAGUAUAAUUAUUUUAUAGAGAUAUAAAUAAAAAUUAAUUUGAAAAGAAA